CUCUAUAUCAUCAAAUUAUCUUAUAAAUUCGUAAAAGUCAGAAGUACUGCAUCGAUAAAAAAUAUAUUAGAAUAUAAUUAAUUAAUAAUUUAACAAUAUAAAAAUGCAUGACGUAUGGAUGUUGAAUCCAUAUUAUUCAGUAUUUGAAUUUGAUGAUCGGGAGUAAAAUAUUUGAAUAGCACAGCACCAAUGAAGGAAAAGCUUGUAUCCAUGAUGGCCGGUGAUUCGUUGUCCAUUUCGGCUUGAUUUCUACAACCAAUCACCACUGAUCAACAGGGAUUUGGACCAAUAUAACUCCAAGUAUACAAACCAAGCACUGUCAACUGUCAAGUAGAGUAAGAAUAUGGAGCAGUUUCAAGCUACAACCUCUUCUGCACCUGUCGUUAUGCAAGUUCCAACUGGACAACUGCAGGCUGCAAAUUCAAAUGGAGCAGAACAAGGACAGCAGAUUGUUCAAAUUGGGGGCCAACAGUUUGUACUCCAGGGACUGCCGCAGGGCCAAACAAUUCAAAUCCAGGGGCAGAAUGGCCAACUACAACAGGCACUACAAGGUCAGACUCUUCAGGUUGGUGGUCAAGGAGGCCAACAGGUUCAGAUCAUAAAUGCUGGCCAGUUACAAGGACAAGCACAGACAUCAACAUCUGGUCAACAACAGGUUGUAAUCCAGCAACCUGCAGCAGGUCAACAGGUUCAAGGUCAGGGUCAGUUGAUUCAGUUAGCAGAUGGACAGACUGUCAUGUACCAACCAGUGGCAGGAAGUACCACAGAAGGUCAACAGCAACAACAGAUCCAAACUGUUCAAACAGCAACUGGACAGAGCCUUAUCCAAGUUCCACUGAGUCAGGCAGGGCAGGUCAUACAAGGGGGGCAGGUCAUACAGGCAGGGGCCACAACAAACACUGCCACCGCGACACCCACAUCUCAGCCACAAAUUAUUACGAUACCUGCCACAGGGGGCCAAGCUGGCAGCAUGAUCAUGAUGAUCCCAGGGGCUAAUGGGGUACCCACAAUGCAACGAAUCCCCCUUCCUGGUGCACCAGAGGUCCUUGAGGAAGAGCCUCUUUAUGUCAAUGCGAAGCAAUAUCACAGGAUACUGAAGCGCAGGCAGGCAAGGGCUAAGCUAGAAGCUGAAGGGAAAAUACCAAAAGAGCGAAAGAAAUAUCUCCACGAGUCCCGUCACAAGCAUGCAAUGAACAGAGUGCGUGGAGAAGGUGGCAAAUUCCACAACAGUGUAACAAGCGGUAACAGCAAUAAUGACUCCAUGUUGGAUCAUUCCAGUAUUGAAGCAGAUAUACACAAUAAUAGCCAGAAUGGUCAGAUUAACAAGACUAUAGCAGACAUGUUACAUACGGCACAACAAGGCACUAGUUUAAUCUUAAAUAAUGACUCUGCUACACCUAUGAGACUACAUACUGAAACCACAACAGGCACCACCACCUCUUAGUGUAGGAAUGGAUCCACAGUGUGGUAAGAUGGAGCCACAUUGUUGAGAGGGUCGUAGUGUUGAAAGGUGGAGCUAUGUAUCGCAGCAGUGAGGCAACAGACUUGUGGUAUAGAUCUCAAAGUGCAGGGGUAGAGCCACAUAAUGGAGGCAUAGAGCCACAUUGUGUAGUCAAGAAGCCACAUUAUGUAGGCCAGCUGUGCAACCAUAGAGCCACAUUGUGUAGUUUUGGAGCCACAUUGUGUUUUCACGGAGCCACAUUGUUUUUUCAUGGAGCCACAUCUUGUUUUCAUGGAGCUAUUUUGUGCAGACAUAGGGCAAUGUUGUGUAAUUAUGGAGCCACAUUGUGUAUUCAUGGAACCAUUUUGUGUAGACCUGGAACUAAAUUGUGUUUUCAUGGAGUCACAUUGUGUAGCCAUUAAGUCCAAAGUGCCUCAUUUUAAGAUGUCAUAGUGGUUAUUAUUGAAAUGUGAAGUCAUAUAUCUUCAUUUAAUAUUUACAAAUGCAGAAAUAUGUGGUAUUUCAAUGUAAUUAAGCAGAAAAUGGAUGUACAUGGGAAACAUCAACUUUAAGUGUUUAUAGCAUUAUAUAUACUGUCCAUAUAA